CCUCCGCGAGCACAUGGCAAUGUGCAUUCAACGUCAUAUUCUUGAACUUGUCCGAAGCGCGCGUUCAUAACACCACAAAAUGAAGAAAACAAUCUUCCUAUUUCUUCUCGCAUAUGCAACUGCAACAAAACUCCUCGAAACUAAAGAAAUGGAGUACAAAGAAGGCACCAAAGUGGACCCAAGAUACUCCCUGCCUCAAGUGAAUCUAAGUGUGAGUGAUGGUAAUCAAACUGUGGUGCCGGCGAGUUUGGCCAGAGUUUUGAACUUCUACAACACCGAAAUUUUGGCCGCGAAUUGGGAAACGACGAAGAAUUUCGUCUCGUUGAGUUGCAGGAAGGAUGUGGAGCUUUAUCUGGAAGGACUGAGGAAAACGGAGAACUGGGCAUUGAAAAUGGAUGAUGCCAGUGGCCGAUAUUCAACAGGAUGGUUCUGGGGAAACCACUACUGGACCGGCUCUCAAAGCUUAUGUGAAAAUAUUGUACCAAGAAGCAAAUCCAUUGUAGUGAAUCCAGAGAAUAGGACGCGAACAUCGAGAGAAGCUGAAGUGCCUCGAAGAUCUUCAAGUCCAAGUCAAUCAGUUGGUUACGUCACUGGUCCUUUGAAAUACUCCUCUCUGCCACCAUUCCCCAUUUCCUUCUUUAUGUUGCGAAUUGAUGUUAAUUCAAGUUUUACAACGGAAGAACGAAUCCUUCAUAUCGGUCUCUGCAUGCCUUAUGUUUGCACUGAUUCCGAUAUUAAAGUCAUUAUGGAAGAAACAUCCAAAGCCUCAACUAAAGUGAGUGUAAAAGUCGAAGCUGUGAGGUCUCACCACAACCGAUUUAACAUUUGGCAAGACCGAACGUUUAUUAUUUUAUGUGGAGUAACGUGUUUCGUUGUUGUUUGUUUGAUUGUUGGAACCUCUUACGAUUUCUAUUUGGAACACAAUGAAAAACGGAGAAAACUCAUGUCUAUAAGUCAAACUCACCGAAAACUGGAUAUGAGUAUGCCAGACACAAAAACUAAAAAUGGCGUAUAUAUUGUCAAUAACAACAAUGUGUUGGAUGAAACUGAAACUGGUCUUAAAACUGACUCAAAACCAAAGACAUUGAGAGAUAUUUUGAAACUAAUAGUAAAGGAAACUGUACUUGCAUUUUCACUAAGGGCUAAUAUUAGGACAAUCUGUGACCAAUCAGUCAGUAGUGACACUAUUCCGGUCAUCCAUGGACUCAAGUCGAUCAGCAUGGCGUGGGUCAUUCUGGGGCACACUUGUAUCAUUGCAUUCAAAUAUUCAGAUAACAUGGAGUAUCGGAAAGUGGUCCAAAGGGAAUUUUUUUUCCAAACAAUAUCAAAUGGGGCUUUCAGCGUAGAUACAUUUUUCUUUACUAGUGGUCUUCUAGUCUCAUUUUUGUACUUCAGAACUAACGCCAAAGGCAAAUUGGACCCUAUUACAAUCGGCCACAAUAGUUUUAUUUCGGGAAUAACGCAUUUCUUUGGUCUUAUUUUGUACAGAUUUGCACGAUUGACAGCACCUUAUUUAUUCACUUUGGGAGUAGUUGAAGUUAUCAUGAAGUGGUUUAAUUACAACUCAAUUUUUGAACCCCCAACUAUGGACCACGUCAAUUGUCCCAACUACUGGUGGAGAAACGUCCUUUAUAUUAAUACAUUAUUCCCAGUUGAAGAAAUGUGUAUGUUGUGGAGUUGGUAUUUAUCCGAUGACACCCAAUUUUAUAUCAUUGGUGCAGUGAUGUUGAUUCUAGCAGCCAGUCAUUUCAAGAGUGGGGCUUGUCUUUUGUUGAUCUUCAUGGUCAGUUCUUGGAUCACUACCGGUUAUAUAGCUUACAGCAAUAGUCAUAUGCCAGGCUCGGAUGACCCUCUUGCCCUUUUUGACAAAAUUUAUGACAAACCGUGGACGAGAUUAGGGCCAUAUUUGAUCGGAAUGUGUGUCGGGUGGUUCCUGUUCAAGAAAAAUUGCCAACUUACAAUGUCUAAGUUGGCUGUGGUGUCGGGCUGGACGGCUUCAAUAGCGUGUCUUUUGGCACUAGUUUACGGUUUGUACGAAGCCAACUUGACUCCACUAGCUGGGGCUGCCUACAGUGCCUUAAGCCACUCAGCCUGGGCUCUAGGUUUGGCUUGGAUUGUUGUGGCAUGUUCCACGGGAUAUGGAGGUGUUGCCAACUCGGUUUUAUCGUCGACUAUUUUGUAUCCCUUCAGUCGGAUUACGUACUGCGCCUAUUUGCUUCAUCCUGUCGUCAUUCGAAUGAUGACAAUGAGUAUGGAUAGUCCUCUCCAUUUGGGAAGUUUAGUCAUGAUUAUCAUCUUCUUAGGUCAAGUUGUAGCAUCCUAUGUUCUUUCGUUUUUUGUCUCUUUAGCUUUUGAAGCGCCUGUUGUUUCAAUGUUGAGGAUAAUGACGAAAGUUGUAAGCACCAAAAAAUGAUGUUGACUGUGAAAUUCAUUUUUGUUUUUAAAUUAUUUUUUGUAUGUAAAUAAUUGUGUACCUUAUUAAGACUUUAUAGUUUGUAGGUAAUUUUAAGUUUUAUUAGCCUUUACACUACCCUAGGAGAUAACAAUACUUCCCAGUUGUUGUUGUAAUAUGUAUAAAAACUCUUAGAUUACCAACUUCAUGCAAUUGUUAUACAAAUAUUGUUUAAUUUGUUUGUAUUGCAUUAAAUUCUUGAAAGCUAUAGAAAAAAAUAAAAAUUGAGAUUGUUUUUAUUUAAAUCUAGUGCAAAAGUAUUAAUUUUAAUAUGUUUUGUUUAUCAAAAUGAAAGUUUUUUGUAUAAAUAUUACGUUGUUUUUUGUUUAAAGCAGGUAAUAACUUUUCUUAAAUGUAUUCUUGCCAGAUGUACUUAAAUGAGCUGCAAAGUGUAUUUUUAUUUC